AUGUUGACUUUUUUGACCAAAAACAAAAAUGAUUUAAUUUAUUUAGGACUUCUUUUAUUCAGUGUAUUUAUUGGACCGUAUUAUAGAAAUAUUAGCUCAAUACAAACAAAAAAAUGGUUUGGUGCAGUCCUCGGUCUUUCUCUAAUAACAGUUGUUUCUGGAUAUAGCGCCAUUCACCCAAUUUUAUCAGCAAUUCUCGGUAUAACUGCCAUAAAAUUAGCUACAGUUAGAUACUGUCAUAUCGUUUCAUUUUUUCUUAUUUUUGGUUACUUAUUUUUCUUUCGGCUGGCAGAUAAAUUUGGAUUACCACUGUCAUCGGGUCAGACAAAUUUAAUAGAAAUGAUCAUAGUUUUACGAGUUGUUGGAGUUGCAUUUGAAAUAAAUGGAUCUUGGAUAGCGGUAGGAAAGGCAAAGAAGCAGGAUCAUGAGGAUAAAAAUAAAACUGACUCUAAAGGAGUAUCGGACAAGGAUGAUGAAUUUCUUGAACUCAUUAACCCAAGUUUUACAGAUUUGUUUCAUUAUUCUUUUAACUAUGUGGGGUUACUUACAGGUCCAUACUACAGAUACAGAACAUUUGAUGAUUACUUUCACUUGCCCUUCAGCAAGUAUGUUGACUGCACUGGAUUUACAAUUAACACAUUGAAGAUAGUUCCAUUAUAUGUCUCUCUUUAUCUAGCUUUAUCUAAUGUUUGGCCUUUAGAGUAUGUGCUGUCAGAAGAUCAUAAUAACAGGAGCUUUCUCUAUAGAAUGCUGUAUCCAUGGGCACUGUUUGCUGCAUUUAGGCAGCGUAUUUAUUCUGGUAUGACAUUAGCCGAGAGUGUUUGUACAUCAGCUGGUCUUGGAGCUUAUCCUGUGCAGGGCAGAAAUAGAACUGGCCAUGGCCCCACUGUAGGAUACUUGCGACUUAAAAAAAUGUCUGAAGAAGAGGCAAAAAUUACUCAGUAUGAUUUUAAUACAGUUGAAUCCAUGGAUGUGUGGGGCUGUGAGACUGUUGUUACUUUACGUGAUUCCAUGAAGGUUUGGAAUAAGGCUGUGCAAUAUUGGGUUGCUAUGGUUGUUUAUAAGAGGUUUCCUGUGAAGGCAUUGAAGAUACAUGCCGCAUUAUUUGUGUCAGUUAUAUGGCAUGGAUUUCAUGCUGGUUAUUUCUUUUGUAUUUACUUCUGCCCUUUUUAUUUAAUGGCAGAGGAUAUAUACUACAAACUUUAUUACAAGGAUGCUACAGGAAUGAAAAAGAAAAUUAUAGGUUUUGUGAUGUGGUUCCUAAGAUCUCACUCGGAAUCUUAUCAAGCUGCUGCAUUUCUACUUUUAACAUUCGAUAGGAUCUGGGUAUACUAUUCAUCAGUGUAUCAUUAUUGGUAUGGAGUGUGGUUCGCAUUUUUGAUACUUGGUCUGAUAUUAAAUCAUAUUCAUAAACUUAGGAGACCGAAAAAUAUUCUAUAUGAUAAUCAAAAUAUGCGCGAAACAGAAAAUAAGAAAUAA